AGCGUUAAAAAAUUAAGUGUUGAAUAAAAUACAAUUAUUUUUUUUUACUCCUCACACAGAGCAAACAAUGCAGAACAGAGUAGCUAAAGUGAGAAAGCUUUAUAAGACCUCAUAUAAUAUAACGCAUAAACAUUAAAUAAUAUUAAAUUAGAAAACCACGACGCAAAAGAACAUGAAACUCGGAAAACAUACCACAAAAAAUCAGUUAUCGGUGAAAAAUUUAUUACAACAAUAAAUAAUCAGUGAAAUCAAUAGACAAAAAAAAUAAAAAUAAACUUCAGUGCGUAUAUUACAAGCAGCACAUACCUGCACAGUCCAUAAAUUACCAAAAUACACAAAUACAAACGAAGCGUGUUGUGGCGGGAGGCGGGUAUUGAACUUGAUCGGCCGCCAAAAAUGAGUUUCGCACUAAAAUUGGCGCUUGUACUACUGUUAAUCCACUUCAAAUUGCACGGCCUGAACGCGGCGACCAUAAUCUAUCGCUAUAAAACGAUUAUCAGCGACAACGGCAGCAGCAACGAUAACAACAACACCAACAAUGCCAGCAACUUUAGCAAAAACAAUUACAUGCUGUUUAAUGGUAAUAACAACACCAAUAAUGCCAUAAUUGAAGAAACCAUAUUGUAUGCAACAACAACACCGCCUACAACCACAUAUGAUUGGCAAAUGAGUGAUAAGUAUCUGCUGCUGUCGCACGUCACAAACAGUAGCAACAAUGUUAGUAAAAACAACAUUAACAAUACACUAUCAGUCCAACAGACGACAUUGUUAUACGAUAAUGAUGGCAAAAAUGGUAGCAACAGCUGCGGCAAUGGGCGCGAUGUUCUCAGCGAUGAUAAAAAUUUGAAGCAAGAAAUCACUAACGUUCAACAGAUAAGUAAUAUUAACAGCAACAAUAACAAAGAAACAGCUAACGCAUCAUCGGUUCAGUUUGUUAACGCCGAGGCGGGGUUAGGUGCGCAAGAAAUAAUAACAAAUAACUCCAAUUCUCUGUUAACCGCGCAGCUGCAAACAUCGAAGGCCAAGAACUACUAUCAAUACGAUUUAACAGCAGAUGUUGGCAAUAACACCGCAGAACGGAUAUUGUUCGAGGAUGAAAAUGCAGCGAUUCUUGAAAACCACAAAUUCCUUUCGGCUACUGCAACUACUCAAACCACCACUGAGUUAUCGCCAACAGAUGAACCGUUCGAACCCAAUGUGUUGCAUGGUCUAUUUCGCGGUUGGGAUGAGAUUGUAACGGCUCAUGAUCUUGUAACCUUUCUACGACAAUAUAAGAGUGAAUUGAAUAAAACUUGUAUUAUGGAUGGCGUAAAGCUUUUAUUUCAAUGGUGGAGCUUCCAAAAUGGUUCACUAAACUUUGCAACACUUCAGGAUCAAAACACCAAACUUUUGUCAAAGAGCUAUAUGGGUAUGGACUUAUCUUAUCACGAUCUCAACAACGAUGAUAAGCUCUAUAAUCAGACUUUGGAAAAGCAAUUGAGAAUUGGGCGAAAUGUUAUUGUCUUCUCGGCGUCACAUAAUAAUCUUACACAAAUACCAUUCCGAACGUUAUCCACAAUCAAUUCUACUUUACAGUUUCUAACAUUGAAAGGCAAUAAUUUCAACUCUUACACGCAGCCGCCUCAAGCCUAUGAAAUGUUCGAUGCUACUGAUCUGAGUGCAACUACAGCAAUGUUAGCUGGAAUUCCACCAUUUACUUAUCGUGAUUUUAUAAAGGGAAUCGAGUCGAAAUUAAAAAAUCAAGAUAAAAGUACCAUCGCUUGGGCUACCUUCCCGAAGAUGCCACUUCUACUCGAGUUGGACAUAAGCAGCUGUAAUAUCGAAAUCGUAGAUCGUGACGUCUUUCGUAACAUCACCGGCAUACAUAAACUUUUUAUGUCGCGUAACAAAAUGCUCAGCAUACCAAAAAACACCUUUCAGCUACUGUCCAAACUGGAAUAUCUCGAUCUUUCCUACACUAAUUUGUUAGAACUCGACUCCAAGAUGCCAAACCCAACGCUCGAUGCUAUCUGGAAUUUACUCUACGGUGUGCACGUACAAGCAGGCACUUUCAAAGGACUCAAGAAACUCAGAUUUCUCGAUAUGUCACACACGAAGAUAACACGCAACAGCGCUGUGUCGUUCGCACAACUUGGUCCUGAUUUGGAGUUGAUGAGCUUGUGUUUUACGGCCUUUCCGUUGUUCGACAAUUCUUUAUUCAAGAAUACGCGUCUGAUUGCACUCGAUCUCUCGGGUAAUCCGCAUGCGGCUUUUAAUUGCGUCGCUGAUGCUUUUGAAAGCAUUGCGAAUACAUUAGAAUACUUGUUCUUCGAAGAUUCCAAUCUGAAAGAUCUGCAUUGGUUGAACCAACUUAAACAAUUGCGUGUACUUAGUUUAAGCAAGAACAACAUCAACGCUUUAACAUCGGAUUAUUUUUGCUCACUGGAGAAUUUGGAAUUUAUCGAUUUGGGUUACAAUAACAUCGGCAAUUGGUAUGAGCCAUCAUUCGGUAACAACACCAAGCUGCGUGUACUAAAUCUGCGCAACAACAACAUAAAUAUCCUAAAUUAUGCAAUGCUAAAUGAUUUCAAAACACUUGAAUUUCUCGGUCUAAGCGAGAAUAACUUCGCAUGUGAUUGCUUAUUAAGCGAUUUGGUGGCCUUGGCUGUGCUCAACAAUAAAAAGGCCGAGUGCGCAGGCAAUGUCUUCGACGAUAACCUAGACAUAAUAUUGGAUAACACUGCCAAUAACACAGACAACGCUGAGGAUAAUGCUGAGAACAAUGCAACUGAACUUAGAACCUUACUGUCAGCAGUCUUAAAGAACCUACCGCAGAAACCGUCAAAACCAAGUUACGGAAAUCUACAUGAUUACUAUUUGCGACGCUCUGCGAAACGUUUGCUCACGGUCACACCCAAAGCUUAUCUACGUUUAGCAUACGAAGCAUCGGACGACGAAUGCGACACCUUGAACUCUGUUGAAUAUACUAGCGAUUUGUGGAAUGGCUCAAUGCCGCGUUUCCGUUUGAUCGACUACGAGGACGAAGACUAUUGGUGCUUUAAUGGCACACAACGCAUGCAAUUCGAGCAAUUGAGUUGUGAGAUGAUGUCAUUAGACAGCAUCAUUGAAGACGGCAUACAAAAAUUAAGGAUUAUUGUUAUCGCCUCGGUUUGUUCAUUGUUGGGUUUAACCUUGCUUAUCGUGUUUUUGUAUAUGAAGCGUUGGCAUAUUUAUUACUAUUAUUCGUCGCUGAAGUCGGCCGCUUUAAUGUCCAUGGCCACGAAGGAUCAAGUGAACAAGUUCAAUGAGUUGGCCGAGAGUGAUCCGCAUAUGGUGUAUGACAUUUUCAUUAGCUACUGUCAGAGUGAUCGUAACUGGGUGUUGGAGGAAUUGCUGCCGAAUGUGGAGGAAUCGGGCAACAUAUCGAUAUGCUUGCACGAGCGAGAUUUUCAGAUCGGUGUCGCCGUUCUUGAAAACAUUAUAUCGUGCAUGGAUCGAUCGCGAGCUCUAAUGUUAAUUGUGUCCUCAAAUUUUCUGCUGAGCCAUUGGUGUCAAUUUGAAAUGCACUUGGCGCAACAUCGUAUUUUCGAGGUGAGCAAAGAGCAUCUAAUUAUCGUAUUUCUUGAAGACAUACCACGCAGUAAACGGCCGAAAACACUACAAUAUCUAAUGGAGGUAAAAACAUAUAUCAAGUGGCCAGGCGCAAAGGGACGUGAAGUCAAACCGGAAGAACGUAAACAGUUUUGGAAACGUUUGCGACGUUCCUUAGAGCAUAUUGGUAUUGCACCCACCGAAUCGCAAGCCUAACAUAGCCAACCAUAAACAUAGUUUAAUACAAACAAAAAACCCUGAAUUACAGUAAUAUUAAACUUGGUUGGAAAACGGCAAACUAAUAAAGAGAUUAUCAAAGCAAAGUUAAGCACAAGUACCUGAUAGCGAUUAUUUUUAGUAGUAUAGCUUUUUGAUACUCAUUAUGGUUAAGUUGUUGUUAUUAUGUAAGACAAAAUUAGUAAAUU